AGGACGCCUACGCAAAUGCGCGCGGGAGGCAGGGCCUGGCGGAUUACUGAGCCACAAGCCUUUCUUUCGCGCUUACAUUGGCGUGUUCUGGGAAGUGUUCCCUUUCACUAAGAUGUUGCGCGUGGUGAGCUGGAAUAUCAAUGGGAUCCGAAGCCCCUUGCAAGGGAUGGUAUACCAGGAACCCAGCAACUGUGCCCCCAUGGCCAUGGGGCGCAUUUUGAACGAACUGGAUGCCGAUAUCGUCUGUCUACAGGAGACCAAAGUGACCCGGGAUGUGCUGACAGAGCCUCUGGCUAUUGUUGAGGGCUAUAACUCCUAUUUCAGUUUUAGCCGCAACCGUAGUGGUUAUUCAGGUGUAGCCACCUUCUGUAAGGACAGUGCUACCCCAAUGGCUGCUGAAGAAGGCUUGAGUGGAUUGCUUGCCACUCAGAAUGGGGAUGUAGGUUGCUAUGGAAACAUGGAUGCCUUCACCCAAGAGGAGCUCCGUGCUUUGGAUAGUGAGGGCCGUGCCCUCCUCACACAACACAAGAUCCGCACAUGGGAAGGUAAAGAGAAGAUCUUGACUUUAGUUAAUGUGUAUUGCCCCCACGCGGACCCUGGGAAGCCUGAGCGGCUGGCCUUUAAAAUGCGCUUCUAUCAUUUGCUGCAGAUCCGAGCAGAAGCCCUUCUGGCUGCUGGCAGGUACUAUAGGAUUGGGCAGCAAGGCUUCCUUAAGCUUGGCCUAGGAAUCCAGCCCUCUGUCAAGCUCCAUAGGAAGGGUCAUGUGAUCAUCCUGGGUGACCUCAAUACAGCCCACCGCCCCAUUGACCACUGGAACGCAGCCACUUUGGAAUGCUUUGAAGAGGACCCAGGACGCAAGUGGAUGGACCGUUUGCUCAGUAACCUGUCAUGCCAGGCUGAUUCUCACAUAGGAUCCUUCGUUGAUACCUACCGCUGCUUCCAACCAGAGCAGGAGGGGGCCUUCACCUGCUGGUCAGUAGUCAGUGGCGCCCGCCAUCUCAACUACGGCUCCCGGAUUGACUAUGUCCUGGGGGACAGGACCCUGGUCAGAGACACCUUCCAGGCAUCUUUCUUGCUGCCUGAGGUGAUGGGCUCUGAUCAUUGCCCAGUGGGCGCAGUCUUGAAUGUGUCUUGUGUGCCUGCAAAACAGUGCCCAUCUUUGUGUACCCGCUUUCUCCCUGAGUUUGCAGGUACACAGCUCAAGAUCUUUCCCUUCUUAGUUCAUCUCAAACAAUCUCCUAUGUUAGAGAAGUCAACAGUGCAGCCCAGCAAUCAAACCCGGGUACAGACACGCCCCAAUAAAGCCUGUAUACGUUCAACCAGGCCUCGGCCAAGUCAGGUUGGCUCCAGCAGAGGUCAGAAAAACCUGACAAGCUACUUCCGUCAUUCCUCCAGCUGUCCCCAAGUGUCUCCUGACUUGGAACUACCUAGUCUGCCACUGAUGGGUGCCCUCAUAACCCCAAAGACUUCAGAAGAGACAGUAGCUAAAGUGGUAGAGGAACAGGCCAGGGUUUCAGGGGCCAAAGAUGAAAAAGAGAUACGGACCUUGUUCUGGAAGUCUGUGCUGAGUGGGCCCUUGCCCACACCCCUCUGUGGAGGCCACAGAGAGCCAUGUGUAAUGCGGACUGUGAAAAAGCCAGGGCCCAACCUAGGUCGCCGCUUCUAUGUGUGUGCCAGGCCCCAAGGUCCUCCCAGUGAUCCUUUGUCUCGCUGCAACUUCUUCCUGUGGGAUAGGCCCAGCUAAGUCAAUCAAGGCCUGGAAGUACCUGGCAUGGCAAGCACAAGCACAUGAUCUGAGGCCAACAUCUCUCCUUUUAAACUGCCAAUACUGCCUCCUCCUUCUCCAAGGCCACCUUUCUUUCUCUUCCUCCCUUUCCCCUUCCCCCUCUUUCUCUUCCUGCCUGGCUCCUCCUUGUUAGUUUCUCAUGCCGCAAUGCUAUUGCCCAUUCCCCCAUCCCAUUUUCUGCCUUGUAUACAGGAACCACAUGCCUGAAGAAGUUGUAAUUUUUUAAAGCCCUCUGUACUUGUUGGGAAGUGUACUUGUGUGUAAAUAAAGUUUGUGUUUUUGUUUCAGUGCA